AUGGGUUGGUUCAAUAGUUCAAAGGCGGCAGAAGACCAGACAAGGGCGCCAGAUAAGGCAUCUCGGCAACGCUGCUGGGAAAGUCGGGAUGCAUAUUUCGAGUGUCUUGAUUCCAUCAACGUCGUAAAUGCGCUUGAUCCCACAGCUACGCCGCAGGUACGUCGUAACUGCGGCAAACAGGAGGACAGCUUCCACCAGAACUGCGUCACGAGUUGGAUAAAGUACUUUAAGGAAAAGCGUGUGUCCGACUCAAAGCGCGACGCGAUGGUGGCAAAGCUUGAGGAACAGGGCGCCCGCCGCAUUGAGCUCGGCUAUGUUCCCCCCUCCAAAUGA